UUACAAAAUUGGAAGUUUCGGCCUCUUCAAUCUCGCUCCGUCCAUUUCAACCGCUUGGAUAUCUUCCCAUUUUUUCGGGCCUUCCUUUCUCCUUCUCGCAUCGAUUUGAUCGAACUUUUGAUCCGAGUAUUUUCAGGAAAGCUUUCUCGUGGAGAAUCCCGCCGGAGAGAGCGCAGCAACCAUAGCGGCGGCUCCUUCGAUCUGUAAUCAUGAAUACCGAGUAUGAUUAUCUGUUUAAGCUUUUGCUUAUUGGAGACUCUGGUGUUGGCAAAUCAUGCAUCCUUCUAAGAUUUGCUGAUGAUUCAUAUUUGGAGAGUUAUAUCAGCACCAUCGGAGUCGAUUUUAAAAUACGCACUGUUGAGCAAGAUGGAAAGACUAUUAAGCUUCAGAUUUGGGAUACUGCUGGGCAAGAACGUUUCAGGACAAUUACAAGUAGCUACUAUCGUGGUGCUCAUGGGAUUAUCGUCGUUUAUGAUGUAACAGACCAGGAAAGCUUCAACAAUGUCAAGCAAUGGUUGAAUGAAAUUGACCGCUAUGCUAGUGAGAACGUUAACAAGCUUCUUGUUGGAAACAAAUGUGAUCUUACUGCAAAUAAAGUUGUGUCUUACGAGACUGCAAAGGCAUUUGCUGAUGAGAUUGGAAUACCAUUCAUGGAGACCAGUGCCAAGAAUGCAACUAAUGUUGAGCAGGCUUUCAUGGCCAUGGCUGCAGAUAUCAAGAGCAGGAUGGCAAGUCAGCCAGCCAUGAACAGCGCAAGGCCACCAACAGUUCAAAUUCGUGGACAACCUGUAAACCAAAAUAGCUCCUGCUGCUCUUCCUAAAUUUACAACCAGUUUGCAUAUUCGUCUGUAAACUUAGGCUUCGUUUGAGACGGUUUUUUUAUUAUUUCUUAAAGCACUUCUUAGUAUAAAAAUUAAAAUUUUUGUACAAAGAAGCUGCUUUAAGAAGCUGAAAGAAAACUGUCCCAAAUGAAACCUUAGUGUUCAGGUUCAUAUUGAACUCAUGAUUACACCAGUCCCCUACCUGAUUGUUUGCCUUAAUCGUUCCUUUCAACUAUUAUAAAAUUUCAUUCUUUCCAUCGUCUAUUAUUUUUAUUGUGGAACCUUCAAAAAAAUUUAGGCCUUUAUAUUCUUAUGUAAUAUCACUGUACUAUUUAGCAUGAUUCAAGUGCUGCUCAGGCUCGUGCAAA